GUCGAAUCAUCAUCAUUUCAAUCAAUAUGAAGAUGUUGACGAUGUAAUUCUUUAAUCAAAUGAAAUAUUAAACAAACGAAAAAAAACAAUGUCGCUAACAUUGAAUCGUCAUAUUUAUCUUCCAUUAUUUGUUGCAUUUUUAAAUUGUUUUUUAUUUUUAAUCGCUAUUAUUUCAUUAUUUAUUCGAGAUGCUGAUCAUCAACCACAUUGGUCAAGAUGUGUAUUAGCAAUUCUUAUUCCCAGUUUGAUGGCUUAUCGUGGUCUAAAACGGAAAACCAUCGAUUAUACGGGAGCUAUUGCCGGUAUGAUAAUUGGAAUGUCAGUGAUAUUAUCAAGCUAUGUCGGUAUGGUUGCAUUCAUAACCUGUUAUUUAGCUACAUCGAAAGCAACCAGAAUAGGUGAAGAUAUAAAACGACAAUUUGAACCAAAUUUUAAAAAAGGUGGCCAAAGAAAUUGGAUACAAAUUGUCAGUAAUUUAGGUGCUGCAAAUAUUGCCUUAUUAUUACGUUUAAUUUGGUUUGGUGUUGGUGAAAUUCGUUUGGAUUUUUUACAUAAUGAAAAUUAUUGGAAUUCAUGGUUAUUACUUUCAUCAUUGAUAUCAAUAUCAGCUGCAUUGGGUGAUACAUUUAGUUCGGAAUUAGGUCCAGUAUUUUCUGGACCAAAUACUGAACCAUUAUUAAUAACAACAUUACGUCGUGUACCACGUGGAACAAAUGGUGGUGUUACUAUUGAUGGAUUUAUAGCCGCAUGUAUUGGUGGAUUUAUUAUUGGCCUUACUAGUUAUCUAUCAAUCAUAAUGUUUAUACCAACAUCUGGAUAUUGGAUACAGACAACCACUUCACAUCAUAUAAAAUGGUCAACACCACAAUGGCCAUUAUUACAUUUUUGUCUUUAUAGUGGAUUAUUAGGUUCAACAUUAGAUUCAUUAAUGGGUGCUACAUUACAAUAUACUGGAUUUGAUCAUCAUCGUCGUCGUAUUAUUGAAAAUGAUCAACAACAAAUUGUUGAUCCAUUUGGAUCAACAUUAUCUAAUUCAUCCAAUUUUGAACAUAUUACUGGUCGUAAUAUAUUGAAUAAUCAUGAAGUAAAUCUAAUAAUGACAAUUAUUAUGGCUACUAUUGUUCCAUUAAUAAUAAUGCCAUUAUGGCCAUUUGGUUUUGGUGAUUCAUAUUGAAAAUCAAUAAUAAUAAUAAAAAAAUGAUCC